UUCCACUUCCUCAGUUUUAUUCUAAGAUGCUGCGACUACUGAUCGUUCUGGGAUUUUGUAUCCUUGGCUGCCGAGCAGCCUGCAAUACCUGCAACGCUAAUGGCGUGUCCUGCAUAUCGGAAACUGAGUUCCAGUUCUGCUCAUCCGCCAGCGAACCCAUCGGUACCCUCUACACCUGCCCCACCGGAUACUACUGCACGGAGAGCACGCCCAUUUGCAGCUCCGUGGCAUCUUCGGCAGGUUGUACAGGAUGCAAUAAGUGCAGCUCGGAUAAUCGUUUUGCUUGCACCAGUCGGAAUACCUUUGCGCUGUGCCUAGGUACUUCUACACCCAGUUCAUCGAUUGGCGGAAGCUGUGGCACUAAUAAUGUAUGCAACGUGGGCAACCCCAAUAUCUGUGGCAGUCCUGCCACAUACGCAGUAACCUGUUCUAAAUCGGGUACGCCAGACUGCGAUACCACGGCCAUCAAAAAUGCCACCGAGUAUUGUCAAACCAUUCAAACAGCCGGAAAAUAUCCUUAUGGCAGAAUUACUUCAACCACCUGCAGGCAAUAUGUGAACUGUUACACCGCUGCUGGUAUUUUCUAUGGAAAUGUGUACACCUGUCCAGGACUCACCUACUUCGACAGUACCUCCAAACUUUGCACCACCCAAACGCAGGCCAGAUGCUCGGAUACUGUGUCUUGUUUGACUCUCAACUCCCGAUUAUUGCCGUAGAGUUAAGAUUCUAAGGGACUGUGGUAUCUUUAUUGUGGUAAUUAUCACAGGGUAUCUUAAUCAAAUAAAGGUAGUGCAUUUGAAAAGCAAAUGUUGUGCUGCCAACAGACCUUAA